GACUUUAGAUAUUACACAGACUACAAUGUGCAGCAGGUAGCGACCGCCUUAUUGUCCCCUUUCAAAUCACCAGCCAUCUCUGCUCAUUUCUCCAAUUCCAUCUCCAUUUUCAAUCAAACAAUGGAUUUAACUAAUCCAGAAUCAUCACAAGUUAUUUAUGAUGUUCCAAUAUUUUUUAAAGUCUACAAAAAUGGCCUAAUCGAAAGGUAUCGAAAACAUGAUUUUGCCCCUCCUUCCAAUAAUUCCGUCACUGGUGUUCGAUCUAAAGAUAUCGUAAUUGUACCGGAGAAUAACGUUACGGUACGUCUUUACCUGCCAAAAAUAACCCAAAAUGACCAGAAAUUUCCACUCCUGGUGUAUUUCCAUGGAGGUGGAUUUGUGAUUGAAUCGGCAUUUUCUACUUACUAUGAUAGUUAUCUCCACUCUGUAGCUGCAGAAACAAAUGUAAUUGCUGUAUCUAUUGAGUAUCGAUUAGCUCCGGAGCACAAAAUUCCUGCGUGUUAUGAUGAUUCAUGGGCUGUUAUGAAAUGGGUCUCUCAGGGAAGUGAACCAUGGCUGAAAAGUUAUGCUGAUUUCUCCAGAGUUUUCUUGUCAGUUAUUCCUCUUCAUUCGCAUGCUUCGUCUGUUACUGUGUUCAAUGGAAUGAACUUCUCUGAAUGGCAUGAACAAAUGAUUGUUGGUAACAACAUUAAUAAUACUAUUCCACAAACAGAAAAUGCCAAGGAAUACCUGAAGUUUGUGGAAGAAUAUUUUUGUUCUGCUGAUUACUCUCGCUGGUACACUAGUGGCUAA